GCUAUCACAGAAAUAAAGGCAGAAGAGAACCGAUGCAAUGCUCAUUCACACAGAAUUUCAGAAGCAACAGAAGACUCAGAAAUGUUAAGUUGGAAAGAAGGAACGGAAAUCGAUACAGAAAAAGCAGAACAUAGCCAAGAAGUUCUAGAUGAGAUCAAAAUAGGAUCUUUAUCUAAAGAUCUGAUUAAGAACCAAGUCAAGGAAAAAGAAAGACAAGAAGAUUUGAUUACAAUUACACGAGAACUGCAAGAUAUGAAAAGAAUUAGCUUUUAUACAGAUGGGUCAUUAUAUGAAACAGAAGGAGCUGAUAGUAUACAAAGGCCACAGAUGGGUGCAGGAUAG